CGGCUCCCAUCUGUUGACUUCGCGCGUAUUUUUGCGUCGCAUCACCCAUCGUUUCCCACAAAAUUCCGGAUUUCAUUCAUUUCAUAUCGAGUUUCAUUCAAGUAAAGACCUGUAUUUGUGAUUUCCUCAGCAGUUGACGUUGUAAUUCGCUUUGUAGGCUUUGUUCAAUAAUAAUUGUAGGAUCGAAAAUGUUUGAGGCACGAUUGAUUGCUAGCACCACCUUCAAAAAGGUCCUGGAGGCCAUCAAGGAUCUGCUGAAUGAAGCCACUUUCGACUGCAGCGAUUCUGGCAUUCAACUGCAGGCUAUGGACAAUUCUCACGUUUCAUUGGUAUCUCUGUCCCUUCGAGCUAAUGGAUUCGACAAAUACCGGUGCGACCGUAACUUAUCUAUGGGUAUGAAUUUGGCCAACAUGUCGAAGAUCAUGAAAUGUGCCAAUAAUGACGAUACAGUCACUAUGAAAGCCCAAGACAAUGCGGAUACGGUAACGUUCAUGUUUGAAUCCCAAAAUCAAGAGAAGGUGUCGGAUUAUGAGAUGAAAUUGAUGAACUUGGACCAGGAACAUUUGGGCAUUCCAGAAACGGAUUAUGCUUGUCUCGUUCGUAUGCCAUCGGUUGAAUUUGCCCGCAUUUGUCGAGAUCUGUCCCAGUUUGGAGAAUCCGUUGUCAUCUCUUGCACUAAAGAAGGUGUGAAGUUCUCUGCCUCUGGAGACGCUGGAUCAGCUAAUGUGAAACUGGCUCACACUUCGUCGGUGGAAAAAGAGGAAGAAGCUGUUAUCAUUGAGAUGCAAGAACCAGUAACGCUAACAUUCGCCUGCCGGUACUUGAAUUCGUUCACCAAGGCCACACCUUUGUCCAAUCAAGUACAGCUGUCUAUGUCAGCUGAUGUCCCCUUAGUAGUAGAGUAUAAAAUUCCAGAUCUCGGCCACAUCCGCUAUUAUCUGGCGCCAAAAAUAGAGGACGAUGAAAAUUAGGCGCAACUGCACUGUGUGUAAAUUAUACACCUAAUUAUGUACGAUAAGGAAACAAACCAUUUUGUCUUUAAUAUUAUCAUAAUAAAUUACUUUAAAUUGUU